GCAUUUUCAAACGAAAUGUACAAUAUAAUCGUGAACCCCUUGUGCGAGCAUUGCUCAUGAUCCAAGCUUCGGGCGUAGACCGGUUGGUUCAGCUAUCGUUAAUUUUUCAACUCUGGCGGAAAUUAUGACGUCAUAAAUGAAGAGUAGAUGACAUGAGUAAUACCUCAAAGUGAUAUGGAAUUUAGUGUUCAAUGUGAUUGCUUUUGUAAAAACGAAGAAUAAGUUUUGUGUAAAUUUUAUUAGUGAUUUCAUAGAUUUUAAACUGUAGUCUUUUCAUGAAGAGAAGUAAUUCUGCAUAAAUUUGGUCAAAUGUAUUCUUAAUAAAAAAAAAUGUAAUAAAAAUAACAAAAUCGUAGGACAAAAUUCAAUACAAGAGUAAUAUAGUGUCUAUGUAAAAGUUUGUAUGUACUUGUUAUAUAUACACUAGUGUACAUAUAUAUUACACACACACGCGCAAAUAUAUUUCUGCGUAUGUUUAAAUUAUCUGUAAUGUAUUAAAAAGGCACAGGAUUGAUUUGCUUGAAACAAACAAAAAUGUCAGAUCACUUUGGUCCAAUAACAUUAAAAUGGGAUCCCAAAAAUUUAGAAAUUCGUACCGUGUCUGUAGAGAAAACAUUGGAGCCCUUAGUUUUACAAGUAACUACGCUAGUAAAUACAAAGGGUCCAAGCAAAAAAAAGAAAGGAAAGUCAAAAAGGGCUAGUGCUCUGGUUGGGACUGUAGAAAAAGCAACUAAUAACUUUAUCGAAAAAGGCGAACAAAUUGCUUAUGAAAAUCCUGAUAUUACUGCUGAAAUGUUAAGUGCUGUUGAAGAAGUAAGAAAAGCAGGUGCUGCAAUGAGUAUUGCUGCCAGAGAAUUUUCAGAAGAUCCUUGCUCCUCUUUAAAAAGGGGCAACAUGGUCAGAGCUGCAAGAAACUUAUUAUCAGCUGUUACACGUUUACUUAUUUUAGCAGAUAUGGUUGAUGUACAUUUAUUGCUAAAAUCAUUACAUGUAGUAGAAGACGAUUUGAAGAAACUAAAAAAUGCAUCCUCACAAGGAGAAUUAUUAGAAAAUAUAAAACAGUUUGGAAGAAAUGCGUCAGAGCUUAUGAAUCAAGCUGCAAAACGUCAACAAGAAUUAAAAGAUCCACAGUUAAGAGAUGACCUAGCAGCAGCAAGAGCUGUUCUAAAGAAACACUCUACUAUGCUUCUUACUGCUUCUAAAGUUUAUGUUAGACAUCCUGAACUGGCUGCAGCUAAAGCGAAUCGUGAUUAUGUUUUGAAACAAGUUUGCGAGGCUGUAAAUACUAUCAAUGAUGUAGCACAAGGAAAGACUCCAGUUGAUAGUCAACAUCCUUAUGAAGGACCUGGAGAAUUAGCUGCAGCAUUAGAUGAUUUUGAUGAAAGAAUGGUAAUGUCUCCGCUUGCAUAUAACGAAGUUCGUACAAGACCUAGCCUCGAGGAAAGAUUAGAAAGCAUUAUUAGUGGUGCAGCGCUAAUGGCAGAUUCUUCGUGUACUCGAGAUGAUCGUAGGGAACGAAUUGUUGCAGAAUGUAACGCAGUUCGGCAAGCGCUACAAGAUUUGCUGAGCGAAUAUAUGAAUAAUAUGGGCGUCAAAGAACAGUCAGAAGGUUUGGAAAGAGCAAUUGAUCACAUGUGCAGAAAGACACGCGAUCUUCGUAGACAAUUGCGGAAAGCAGUUGUAGAUCACGUAUCUGAUAGCUUUUUGGAAACAAGCGUACCUUUAUUAGUCCUUAUUGAAGCUGCAAGAAAUGGACGUGACAAAGAAGUAGAAGAAUAUGCUCUUGUUUUCACAGAACAUGCUAAUAAGCUAGUUGAGGUUGCCAAUCUAGUCUGUAGUAUGUCGGGAAAUGAAGAUGGAGUAAAAAUGGUUCGUUACGCAGCAGCUCAAAUUGGCAAUUUAUGUCCACAAGUAAUUAAUGCAGCGCGUGUGCUGGCAGCCCGUAAUCGAUCUAAAGUAGCUCUAGAUAAUAUGGAAGUAUUUCGGCAAGCAUGGGAGAAUCAAGUGAGAGUAUUAACGGAAGCUGUUGAUGAUAUUACUACGAUCGACGAUUUCUUAGCUGUGUCUGAGAAUCACAUUUUAGAAGACGUAAAUAAAUGUGUAUUAGCAUUACAAGAAGGUGAUGCUGAUACUCUAGAUAGAACAGCGGGUGCGAUUCGUGGACGAUCAGCCAGAGUGUGUAAUGUUGUUCAAGCAGAAAUGGAUAAUUAUGAGCCGUGUAUCUACACGAAACGAGUUUUAGAAGCAGUAAAAGUUCUAAGGGAACAAGUGAUGCCGAAAUUUGCGCAGAGAGUAGAAGUCGCGGUAGAUGCUUUAGGCAGUAGUCCUGCUAAAGACGUGGAUGAGAAUGAUUUCAUAGAUGCUUCGAGAUUAGUUUACGAUGGAGUUCGUGAAAUUAGACGUGCUGUAUUAAUGAACAGAGCGGAUGAAGAUUUAGAUCCAGAAGAUGUUGAACUGGACGAACAUUAUACGUUAGAAACUCGUAGCAAAUCAAGUGCUCAAACUGGUGAACAUGGUGUUGACGAAUAUCCAGAAAUUAGUGGUAUCACAACAGCUCGUGAGGCUAUGCGUAAAAUGCCAGAAAAAGAUAAACAAAAAAUUUUACAACAAGUAGAAUACUUUAAGAGUGAGAAAUUGAAGUUUGAUAAAGAAGUUGCCAAAUGGGAUGAUGCAGGAAACGACAUUAUUGUUCUUGCAAAACACAUGUGUAUGAUAAUGAUGGAAAUGACUGAUUUUACCAGAGGUCGUGGACCUUUGAAGACAACGAUGGAUGUUAUUAACGCAGCGAAAAAAAUUUCCGAAGCUGGAACCAAGUUAGAUAAAUUAACUAGACAAAUAGCUGAUCAGUGCCCAGAAAGUUCUACAAAAAAGGAUCUUUUAGCGUAUUUACAACGUAUAGCACUGUAUUGUCAUCAAAUGAAUAUUACAAGUAAAGUCAAAGCAGACGUACAAAACAUUAGCGGAGAGUUAAUUGUUUCUGGACUGGACAGUGCAACUUCCCUUAUUCAGGCAGCUAAGAAUUUAAUGAACGCCGUUGUUCUUACUGUUAAAGCUUCGUAUGUUGCAUCAACAAAAUAUCCUCGACAAUCGACAGUAACUUCUCCUAUUGUGGUAUGGAAAAUGAAAGCACCGGAAAAGAAGCCAUUAGUACGCCCUGAAAGACCUGAAGAAGUUAGAGCAAAAGUACGUAAGGGUUCGCAGAAAAAAGUGCAAAAUCCAAUACAUGCACUUUCCGAAUUUCAGAGUCCUACAGAAAGUGUUUAAAAUUUUAGCUGUAGUAAUUUAAUGAAGAUGAAACUUAGUAUAUGGCAUCACCUUUGAAACCGUUGUAUUAGCAAGAUGUUUCAUUUUCUAUUGUGUGAAAAAUUCAAAUUUGUAAGCCAUUAAUUUAUUGUAUAUCAUGAAGUAUAAAAAGUUAUGGUCACCCUUUCUGCAAAACUACAUUUUAGACUAUCAGAUAAACGGAAUUAAAUGUUUUGUAAUAAAAACUGAUGUAUAUCAUAAAUAUCAUCAAUGGUUAUCAAUAUAGCAAAGAGAAAGAAAAUUUUAAAUAGCGAAGGAAAAAAAUGAAUUUCAUACUUGUAAUUGUGAUAAGAGAAAAAAAUAUUUCUAAUGAAACUAUUUAAGAACAAACUAUGUCGAAUAAAAAAGGGAUUAACGUUUUAUUGAAUUAUAAAUGUCUGAACGUUGUAACAUACAGUAUAUGAACAUCUUAAUUUUCAGAUAUCGUUUAAUUAUACAUAUAUUAAGAAUUGACUUUCUUUUCUAAACUGCAUAUAAACAUUUGGUUUCAAUUAUAUGUAAUUUGAUAAAAACUUAAUUUUUUUCUUUUUAGAAUAUAAGGGUAAUCAUAC